AAUUAUGGGUAACUUCUGUUUAUGUCAGGUAAAACCCAACUUUCAUUUUUACACUCAUCAUGGCCGACAAGAUCGAAAAAAAGCCCAGCGAAUGGUCUCCAGCGGAUAUGGAGGUAUUCAAACAUCCUAUGUGUUUGAUCAGUACCGAAAGUGUAAAGAAUGCUAAAGGUGAAAUAAUAAAAGUCAAUUUAAAGGAGGAACAAAAAGUACUCAACCAACUUAAACAGAUUGAUCUGCCAAUGGUUAUUGUAGCCGUGGUAGGUCUUUACAGAACUGGCAAAUCUUACCUGAUGAAUCUUUUAGCAGAAUCAACAACAGGUUUUGAAUUGGGAAAGACGAUUGCAUCGACAACCAAAGGUAUUUGGGUGUGGUGUAAAAUGCAUCCAACAAUGUCGGAUAAAGUCUUGUUGCUUCUUGAUACAGAGGGUCUUGGUGAUGUUGAAAAGGGCGACGCAAGUCAUGACAACAACAUAUUCACAUUAGCGACACUCUUGUGCAACUGCCUUGUUUAUAAUAUGAAGGGAGCAUUCGAUAACGACGCUGUCUCUAAACUCACAUUUGUAACAGAAAUGGAAAAGAAUAUCAGGUUUCGUGGUGAAUCAUCAGAAGAUAACAAAACAUUGAAUUUGAUACUGCCAGAUUUCGUUCUUUGUUUGAGAGAUUUCAGUCUAAAGUUGGUCAUUAAUGGGAAGACGAUAUCAGCAAAUGAUUAUCUUGAGGUAUGUUUAGCUGAAAACAAAAGCAAAGCGGAAUACUUCAACAAACCACGAGAAUGCAUCAGAAAAAACUUUCAGAAACGUAUGUGUUUUGCAUUCCCUGUGCCGGGUGAUAGUGAUGUCAUGGACAAUCUGGAAACUCUGAGCUUUGACGAUUUAUCUACCAAGUUUAAAGAUGUGACAUCCCGAUUUUUAUCGCACAUUUACAGCGUACCACCAAAAAAAUUGCUAACAAGUAAACCAGUAAAUGGACGAAUGUUUGUAACCUUGGUAGAGAGCUACGUUACAGCAAUCAAACACGGUGGCGUUCCAGAUGUUGAUGAUGCAUUUGAAAGAGUAGCAAAAAUUGAAAAUGCCAUAAUUGAAAAAGAGGCUGUAGAAAUGUUUGUAAAUGAAAUAAAAAAGGUUGAGUUAUCAGUCUCUACUGAUGAUUUAUGGCGCAUUUACACAAACGCACAAAAAGCAGCGCUAAACUAUUUUCGGAGAAAAGCUGUCCAUGAUACAAAUGGCAAAUAUGAAAAACAAGCUCAGAUGAAAAUGGAUAAAGUUUGGAAUAUAAGCGUUGGAAAAGAGGAGCAAAUGCAAAGAAAAGAAAGUAUGGAUAAAUUAUUAAUGGAACUCCAAAAGACGCAAAUGGAAGCGCUAGAUAAACACAGAAAGGAUUUACAGAAAGAUCUCCUUAAGCAUCUAGAAAUUGAAAGAAAGCAAUAUGAAGUUUUGUUGGAAGAAAAGUUAAAUCUUAAAAAAGAAGAAGCACAAAGAGAAAAUGAAGGAUAUAGAAAAGAGUUCGAAGAAACAAAGAAACAAUUGGAAACUGAAAGAGAAAAUGCACAAAGGAAAGCCGAGAUAUAUCGGAAAACAGAAGAAGAUAUUCAAGACGAGCAAAAGAGAAACAACCGAAAUAUGAUUAAAUUACUAAAGGAGCAUCAUUAUUCGUACAUGGAAGCACUAGAUAAACAGAAACAAAUGUUAGAGAACCAUUGCAACAAACUAGACAAACGUCUCCAUGAGCAGCUGGAAAUUGAAAGGAAAAUAUACAACGACUUAAUACAUGAAAAAGAUGCUGUGCAAAAGGACAAUGAAAGAUACAGAAAGGAACAAGAAGAAAGAAUGAAACAGUUGGAAACAGAAAAAGAACUAGUGGAAAGGGAAGCUGAAAAGUAUAGAAAAAUGGAAAAGGAAAGACAAUGUCAGUGGUUUCAUACAAGAAUGUGGGAUGCUUUAUGGAAUUACAAAUGACAGCUUGAUUUGCAUUGCAUAUCUAGGAUACCUACUUGUGUAUUUUCUCAGAACUGUUUCGACACAUAUUUGACACAUAUUUUUCGUAUUCAGGGGAGGAUAUAUAAUCAUACCUUGACUUGUUACCUUUUUGUUGUUUGCUUUAUGUUGUAUGCAUAUGCUUUAUGUUGUAUACUUGUUCGAGUAACUUGUUCUUUACUCGAGUGUUAUAGCAGUAUCUUACAAAUGUGAUACUGUCCAUAAUUCCAUGUUUCAGAACAAUGUACUCUGAACAACAACACUUUUAUUUCAUUUCUCACUGUAGUUGUUCAUUGUAA